CAAGAUGGCGUCCGAGGCUGCGCAGUACCGAAGAAGACGGGCGGUGACGUAACAGUGCAAAGACACCGCAUGCCUUUUUUCCCCGACCUCAUUUGAGAAAACCUCCACCAUGUCGACUGGGUUUAUACGACGGGAAACACACGUGGAUUAAUAUCAUAACGUCGAAAUACGUGAUCUGUUGGACCGCGCAGAAGGAUGCUGUCCCAAACCAUUGUACAAAUGUAUAAAAAGCAGGAUCCUCCUGCCCUUUAGAUGUCUGGAAGCUGUUCAUGGCUUCUAAGAAGAAGCGAAAAGGAAUGGUGUUCCAUCAGGAAGGGGCAACCAGCCCUGUUGCGGCACCUGCCGCGGACCAUCCAUCUUCCCGCUUUGUUGUUCCGACACUAGGGAAGGCAAGUGAAGGCGGUAUGGAGCAAAGCAACUGUGCAACCAAUGAAGAGGCAGAUAUGAUGGGUAAACCCAACAUGUACCCAUAUAAAGAACCGGUUAGGAAUGCUGGUGGACUUGCUGCUGUGAAGCUUCCGUAUAGUUCAAACCCUGAGCCAGACAACCUCUCACCUGAUAGCAUCUGCAAAGGUAUCAAAGUAACGCUGGACAACAAUGGCAUGUGGAACGAGUUUUUCAAAUGCAAAACAGAGAUGAUUGUGACUAAACAAGGCAGCAGGAUGUUCCCCUACUGCCGUUUUCGCAUCUCUGGCUUGCAGCCAUCUAGGAAGUAUUCCUUGAUCAUGGACAUUCAACUUUUAGACAUCAGUCGUUACAAGUGGAAUGGCAAAAGCUGGCAAGUUGCUGGAAAGGCAGAAAGUCAUGGUAAGAGUCAACCAUUCGCUCACCCAGAGUCUCCAUCAACAGGAGAACACUGGAUGAAAAAUCCAGUGUCCUUUUACAAACUGAAACUCACAAACAACGUCUCGGAACAAGAGGAGAACACCAUCCUGCAUCCGAUGCACCGCUACUUGCCAAGACUGCAUCUGAUCCAAACCGAGAAAGCUUCUGAUGACAUCAAUCUAAAGGGUCGCAAUCUUAUGACAUUCACUUUUCCCCAGACUGAGUUUAUGGCAGUCACUGCUUACCAAAACCCACAGCUUUCCCAGCUUAAAGUCGACUACAAUCCGUUUGCUAAAGGACUGAAGGAGGAGAGCUCCAGUCCGUUUGGUCUAAAACUGAAGUUGAACUCUGAAAAAGACUUGCACAAAGGUGGAGGCACGACAACCAAUGAGCAACAUCCCCUGAAGAAGAGCUUGAAGUCUUUGCUUGCAAACCAUAAACCUAAAAGCUUAAAAGCAGUGGAUGCAAAGCCUUCGGGUUCUAGUGAUCUUCAGAAAAAAUCCACUACGAAUGAAGAUCAAUCAGCUGCCAGUGUGACUGAGGAAUGUUCAGGCAAUUCACGUCCAGCUCAGAAGUUGUUUUCAGAACUUAUCCGGGAGGCUCAUGUUUCACUGCAUAGAUGCAACGUGGAGCAGCUGGCCAUCACAAACGGCACCUCUCCUAGAACUGAGCAAACCCAAACUAAAACCACUACUUUGAAAAGCAAUGAACAAGAUGUUCCCAGAAGGGACAGUAGAUCUGUCAAAACAAAUAGUGUCCCAUCUGCAAAGAACAGUGAAACUGUUCAAACAAAGAGGAAAGUUAAGGAGAAUAAGGACCUUUUGAAUUCAACAAACUGCAAAGACAAUGUAAGGACUGAUAAUUCUGAGUUACAUAAUGAUUCUCCAGCAGUUUCCCAGAACUCCUCGGUGGAAUCAGACCACCAACAUCAGCUCAAAGCUCUAUCGGAGGGAAAAGAAAAGCAGCAUAAACGUCCAGUGCCCCUGCCUCUGCCAGCUCUUGCUCGUUUUUUGAAGCAGCAUUCAACAAAAUCUAAAAAGACCAAGAGCAAGCUGGAUUCUCCACCUCAAGCAAUCCCAUCUGAACAUUCAUCUAAUUCAAAGAGUUCUGCUGCAGCUCCCACAUGUCCACAAUCUGACCCCUUCGUUAAAGCAACUGAUCCUUCCAAAGACCCUACUGGUGAUAUCACAAAAUACAACAACCUGGCUUCUGGACAUGCUAGUGAACAUCAUCUGGAUGAAAUAGAUUUAAAUGUUACAGGACAAGCAGGUAAAACCGCCAAUGAACAAUCCAGUCCAUCAUGUUCAGAUGACAAUGCAACUACAGGCCCAAACGGACUAAGCACUGAAGAUUUCCUGGCCUCAGUUUCAGUAACUGAAUGCAACAGCCCUGUGGGACAAGAUGGUACACCAGUGUUACCUAAUUUUUAUCAACCAUUUUGUACCCUUGGGACAUCUUUAUCCACCAUUUCGUCAACUCUUGCUACCUCCUCUGAAUCUCCUAUUUGGUCACCCACCCAUGACACAGUGUUACCUGCCCCAAACUUUUCACUAACCCAAACCAUCAAUGACUCCUCCACACUACCUUCAGACUCCCCUACUAGUAAGUCUGAUUCUUUGCUACCUGACCCUGAGUGUUCUUCAUUUGCUUUUGAGGAAUUGUCACCUGCAAGCUCUCCAGAACCUUUACCUUCCCUGCCUCUCUCGUUAGCUCUAGAAUUUGACUGCAGUACUUCUGAACCACCUCCACAAGCAGUAUCUCCUGAGGAGUUGCAGCACAGCGAAGCAUCUGUGUUCAAAUGGCAUACAGUGUUACCUCUACCUAAGCCGUACAUAGAAACUUCACUCACUACAUUUCAGCCCACACCAGAGACUCUACCUUUAGUGUCUGUUGCUUCACAUUUUUUGCCUUCCCAAACACCCUCCCAAUCUGAACCACAGGUUAUUGACACCUCCACAUCCAUGGCUCCCCUUGAUCCUGGUCCAUCAUUUCAAGAAAACGUACAGUUGCUCCCAUUCCCUGCUCAAUUGUCCCCCCUCGCCCUUCAGUUGCCGAUGUCUCCAACUUUUUCCUCCUUAGAUGGAGAUGAACUGUCACCUACGCCUUCAAUCGCCGAACUUGUGUACUUUUUCUCCAACGAUCAUGACCUCGGGAUGGAGUUUUCAAACACAGAGGCAAUAGACGUUCCCUGCUCACCGCCGAGUAAAGUAGAAGCAAAUGCACAAGAGCCUUCUCCGCAGGUGCAACCAAUUCCAGCCAAAAGGACCUGCAAGCAGAAGAAGAAGUCCAGGCAGCGAAAGUUAGUGGAUGUAGAUCAGGAUAUUGAUCCCUCAUACGGUAGAAUGCAUCCCAACCUGGAGGAAGUAGAAGAGCAGUUAUUUAUUUCAUUCACUUCAAAGGAGGCUCUCAAACUUCACCUUGCGGACUCCUCCGAUGGACCGGAGUCACAGCCUCAGACGACACCUGAGGGACCCGUGCUACAACAAAUUACUGACACACCUGAGAACGUAGAGACAACAGAUGAAAUUCGGAGGAUCGCUGCCUUCGAGAAGAUUCUCCUGAGAGACCUGAAGCUGCUGAGACACAGACAGGUGAUCCAUCCUGUGCUGCAGGAAGUGGGUCUGAAGAUGAGUCAGCUGGAUACGACUCUGGCCAUAGACCUGCAGUACCUGGGAGUCCGUCUGCCCAUCCCCCCCCCUGGAGUCUCUCUGGAGCCGCUGACCAAGGAGCUGCCUCCACCUCCAGGUAUUUCUGCAGCGUUUGUGUCCAGAACAGGAAAAACGACCGAUGUGACUCAGAUUAAAGGUUGGAGAGAGAAAUACACUCCAUCAGAGGCUCCGCCCACUCCGACACCAACAACACCUGAAGCUGGUCCCAGUUCAGACCCACCAAAGAAGAACCUGUCUGCGUUCUGCAGCGACAUGUUGGACGAGUAUCUGGAGAACGAAGCGAAGCUGAUCGACGAGCGAGCCGACAGCUUCUCUCAGUCUGCCGUGGAGCCGCUGGUGUACGAGCUGCCCACCAGGAGCACCAGCUACGUCCGGACCCUCGACAGUGUCCUGAAGAAACAGACCUCCUGCUCCCCCACAUCAGACCUCAUAUCUGGAUUCAUCCCGCCCUCAAAGAGACCCAAGCUCACGCUCAAAGAGGCGAAGAAACCUCGGAAAGAGAAGCUGAAGAGAGGUCCAAAACCGAAAAACAGAGAAGAACCACUUCCAGGUUCAACACCUUCUCCAAGUCCUACUCAGUCAAACCUGCUCCCGAAACAACCUGGACUCCAUAUCCCAGCAGCCCCCUCUCCAUCAGAGCACACAGCACCUCUCCCUGUACCUCUAAAACCAAGAAAACAACACCUGAAAGUGCGAUUCAACGAACCAGAGCCGUCACCUCUGCCCCAUCAACCCAAGCUGAGGAAGCUCAAACCCAAGCCCUCGUCUCAGACCCUCAGCCUCAACCCGGCCCCGCCCCCUGGGGUCUUCGAGGAUAUGGCCCCGUUGGAGUCGGACUCUGAGCUCGUGGAUCCUGAAUCCUGCAGGACAGAGAGCGGUCCUGUGAUGACCCGCGCUCUGCUGAGGCAGAAGGACCUGGAGGACGCCAUGCUGUGGGAGGGCCUUCCUCGGACCUCCAUCACUAAGGAGAGGGCUGCCAUCGCUCUGACGUCACUGUUCACACUGAAGGGUUUCGUCAUUGAGAACCCCACCGCCCCCAUCCAGCUGGUGCGGAGGCCAGCCCCCCCCUGCCUGAACGAGUCCUGCCGUCUGGGCUGCAUCUGCUCCAGCCUCGCUAACUGCUCCACGAUCACCCACUGCGGCCGCCCCGCCUGCAUGCUGGGCUGCAGCUGCCUCAAACAGAAGGUGGUGCUCCUCAAGAACCUGGACGGGUCAGACUCCAGCCCCUCGCAGCCCGGACACAAGAAGAAGAGGAGGAAGAGGAGGAUGAAGAUGGCCUACGUCCUCAAGGAGGCGGACAGCGUUUCCCAGCCUGCCGAGCGGGUCCGGACUCUGUGGAAGAGAGACGCUACAGACCCAGAUCCAGACCCGAUGCACACACCUGGACCGCCACCUCUCACCCACCCCACUGAGAGGUUAGAGGACAACAGCAGCUGUGCCAGAAUCCGAGCCUUCAUCGGGAAGAAUAGGCGGAGCACCAGGACACUGAAGACUCCUGGUAAUCCACAGGAGAUGUCUAAAGAUGCAGAGUCUAUUAAGGUUGGGCCGAAAUCUUUAAAAGGGAAAGGCUCGACAUCGAAGAAAACAAAGACCAAAUCAUCCAUUCCUCCAUCAGAUCCUCAGCCAGCUCCCUCUCCUCCAGCGAAGCCCUCGAAGCGCCUGAUCAUCGUGGCCGAGUGUCAGUGGGUGAAGGAGGGCGACCGUAACAUGGUUCUCAGGACACUCUGCGAGGCGAUGGCUCGGGACAAUCUGGAGAAGCCUUUCUGGAUCAAAGACUAUCUGGUGAGUCCGGUGAGCACGUCGCUGGAGGAGAGCGACGGAGAGCGCUGCAUCCAGUUCAAGAUGCACAUCUCCAGACCCAAACUGACGAAGGAGGAACCAGCGAAAAGCCGAAGACCCCGGAGACCAAAACCUCCCAUUAAAGAGAAGACACAACCACAACAGGACCCCCCGGAGGAGAUGCAGAUGGAGAUGAAGCCUCCUGAAGAUUGGCAGCGAGAGGUGGAGGAGGAGGAAGAGGAGGUGGUGAUGGAGGAAGUGGAGGAGGAAGAGGAGGUGGUGAUGCAGGAAGUGGAGGUGGUGAUGCAGGAAGUGGAGGAGGAAGUAGAAGAAGCGAAACCUCUUGAGGAUUGGCAGCGAGAAGUGGAGGAAGAUGACAUAGAGGAAGAACAGGAAGCGGGAUCAACGAAUCACCAGGUGCAUGAUGGGAAACAGAUCAGAAGACAGGAAGUGAUGUCACGGGAGAAGAGUAAAAUGAUGGGGAGUUUGGGUCUGCCGUUCCUCGCCGGAGUUUCCCCCGCCGGCUUCCUGUCUGCCGACACCAAGCAGCCGGGGAACACCAAUCACACCGUCCACGUGAACGGUAAACCCUAUCCUCUGGCUAAGAUCCAGCUGGGGAAGAUGGGAGCGCUCCAUCCGGCCAAUCGGCUCGCAGCGUACCUCACCGGCCGCGUGGGGAAUAACAGGAAGCAGCAACCACCCUCUCAACCCCCUCAGAGUUCAGUGCUGACCCCCCCUGAAGUCUACUCUAAACCUCCUCGGAGGAUAGCUCCAGGCCCCCCUAAUCCCCCCCUCUCAACCUCCUCAGAGUUCAGCGCCAACCCCCCCUGAAGUCUACUCUAAACCUCCUCAGAGUUCAGCUCCGACCCCCCCUG